AUGCCUGGCCCGACCCCCAGUGGCACCAACGUGGGCUCCUCAGGACGCUCCCCCAGCAAAGCGGUGGCCGCCCGGGCGGCGGGGAGCACGGUCCGGCAGAGGAAAAAUGCCAGCUGUGGAACAAGGAGCGCGGGCCGCACGGCCUCAGCAGGCACUGGGGGGAUGUGGCGGUUCUACACGGAGGACUCCCCUGGCCUCAAAGUUGGCCCUGUUCCAGUAUUGGUUAUGAGUCUUCUGUUCAUCGCUUCUGUAUUUAUGUUGCACAUUUGGGGCAAGUACACUCGUUCAUAG